UUUGGCAGUUUGGCUGCCAUUAAAACCCCCCCCUAAAACCCUCUCCUUGCAAUUCUGUCCCUCUCUUUCUCUCUCUGCAUCACGUAACAAAAGAGAGAUGAUGCUUAAGUCUGUUUCCCUGAGACAAAAUUACAACAGCGAAAACAGAGGCUUCUCCGGCACCGUCGUUGUGAGCGCCGGAGAUGUAGACCUUCGAGCUUCUCUGACCGACGAUAUCUCCGCCACCAACUGGCCCACCUUAGACUCCCUCUCUCUCUCGGUUGAAAAGCCUGGCUCCUUCACCAUAGACUAUGAUCUCCCAAACAAGGAUGUUCGGUUUCAAUUCAAAAAGAAAGUGAAGGUGUUGGAGAAACCAUUAAAGUUGACUUACACUCACAUGAUGGGUGAGAACCAGACUUCUUUGAAUGGAAUGCUUGAGCUCAAUUCAGCUAACAAGCUAUCGGUUGAUUAUGCAUUUGAUUUUGGGGAUUGCAAGUUGAUGUAUAGCUAUGCACAUGGAGGGAUGACAUUGGAGCCAUGCUAUGACUUUGGGAAGAAGUCUUUGGACUUCACUAUGUCUCAGAGGAUUCUUGAUGGUGAUUUGAUCGGGGCUUCAUAUAAGACGUCAAGCAAGACUUUGGGAUUGGAGUGGUCAUCUAAUUCCAAGUACAACGAAAAUUUAAGAUUCAAGAUCUCUGCAUCAUUCGAUUUGGCAAAGGGAUUACACAUACCGAAACUAAAUGCUGAGAGCACCUGGGACUUCUAGCUGUAAUGUUUCCACUUAUUUGCUGGUUGAGACCCUUUCUAUGAAAAAGUAGCUUCCUUGAGUUGGUUAUGGUCCAAACUUAAAGACGCUUUUAAAUACUCUUGAUUAGAUUUGAAACAGCUCUUCAGCAUUCCAUUGAAAUUUUGACAUGUUAAGUUCUGUUAACUGAUGAUAUUUCCAACUAGCCUGCCUGUAUUCUUGUCACCAUGCAAAUAAUCAAACAUUCUCAGGAGCUCCACCAA